UCUUUACACUUCGGUUGGCAAAAUAAGUUAAAUUUUUGAAAAAUGACUGAGGAAGCUGCAUUUCCGGAACAAAUAGUUGAUGGUAAGAACAAGACCAAUGUGCGCUGCCAGUUUUGCAACAGUUUGAUGCUAAAAGCCCAAGAGGGAAGCUAUGAUGAACAGGAAGUGGAUGUGCCCCUGAUGAUGCAAAAACAGGAAAGAACGUCUGAGGAUCUGACCACGGAGUCCCUGAAGCAUUUCUGGCUUGUCAAAGAUAUGAUGACAUUCGAGAACAUUGGCUUUUCGCAUUCGGUGAAUGGGAAGAAGUUCCUGGUGUGUGCAGAUUGUGAGCGAGGACCUGUGGGAUACCACGACCUCAGCACCCGCCACUGUUUCCUGGCCCUCAAGAGGGUCCUGCACAAAGACUCUUAGCUGGCUAAGUUAAUCCUAUUCGUGUAAUCCAAUUGCUUAUACUCAAGUCAAGUCCAGACCUUGGAGUAGGCAGCAUAAUUCGCUUAUCUGAUGCGAGAGGGCGUGUUCCGAUUUUAAUUUUCCCUGAUUUAGUAAAUUUUAUAU